UGCAAACCAAAAGCUAGAUUCAUAUAAAUCUAUCGAUCUUCAAUCUGGAGUUUUUGAAUUUACCUUAAAUGAUGAACUUAGAAAGAAGUGGCAAACGGCAAUAGGCAAAUCAAUUCCGGUGUUUAUAGGCGAGUAUGAUAUAGAAUAUGAUAUAGAACCACUUCUUUGUAUGGCUACAGCGGACAAUCAUUGUUGUUAUUAUAUUCUAAAAUUGCCAACAAUUCCAAAAAAUAUUGAAGAAAUGAUUAUUGUUCGUUGUUGGUUAGAACGACUUCUUACAUGUUCCUUUGAUCAUUGCAUUUUUAAUAAAAUUGUGUUUAAUCGAGAAAUGCUUAAUAUAUUAUUUGAGACACCACCUAAAUUUCACGUUAAUAAACCAUCUCUGUCUCCUAACAAAAACACAUUUGAAAACAUGUUGGACUUCAUUAUGAAUCAUUUAGCAAAUACCAGCUUUCUCGCAAUUAAAUUUAUAUAUUAUGACAAUGCUGAGCAAUAUAUAAAUAUUUUAUUCAAUAUUUUAAUAAAUGAAGGAGAUAAAUUUCCACGAAUAAGUUUAAGACGUGGCAAGUUAACAAGGCUUUAUGAGCUCAUUGUAGAAGUAAAUUAA